GGCUGCCUGAUAGUAUGAAAGGGAAUACUGAGAGAGAAAGAGUAAAAGAAGAAGGCAAAGUGAUUAAAUAGCAAGGAAAGAGAGAACAUAAGAGAGGAGAUACUCUGGUAAGAAUUUUUACACCAAUUAAAAGAAAUGGCAAAGGAAUAAAAAGGGUGAUUCUGUCAGGACGACUGCUCUGUUAAAGUAACUCUAUCUGCUCUGAGCCGUAACAUACAGUAAUGACUUCCCAGUGAUAGAGCCACUCCAUUCUACGCACACACAUGCACACACACACACACACACACACACACAGACACUUCUAAUGAGCACUCUGGGGCUUAUACACAAUACUGAGACUACUGUGAGUUAUUUAAAGAAGACAACGAUGAGACAGAAUCAGCUUUGAUCAAGAUUUGUGCUUUUCUUUUAUCUUGACAUUUAUAAGUAUGAUCUCUUUUUUUUUAAUAAUGUGGCUCUUAAUGUGGAUGUUGUUUUUUCUGUAUGUCUUGUGCGGUGUUCAUUAUUUCUGUGCUUUCUUGAAAAACAUCUCUCACGAUAUCCUCAAGAAGAUUCAGAUCUUUGGGAGAUAAUGGUUAAAUUUUAAACACAGUCCCCGUUCCCUUAUACUCAUUCUGGAAAGUUUUUGGAGGAACAAACUUUUUAUGCAUCUGAGUGCAUUCUGGCACUUUAAAAGUCACCUGUUGAAUGCAUGUUUCAGAUCCAUAAACGUCCUUCCAUGAGCCAUGAAUCUGCUCUGUCAUCUGUUGUUCAUGACAAUUACCCUUCAUCUUGGUGUCUUCAAAGGUGGAAGAGCCCAGCGUAAACAGAGGCAGGCUGAAAAGAAGUUGAGGCCUUAUUUGGGCAGAGUGGAUCCAGAAUCCCUGUGUAAGUUGUUGAAAUGUCAUAGUCGUAUUGGUUCCUGGUGUCAAGUAGUGAAAGAGGGUGGAGUUCUCACUCCUAAAUGUGUGUGUCCAAAGACCUGCCAACGACAGGGGGCAGCAGUGUGCAGCGUUAUGGGCAAGACGUACAGCAACGACUGUCUUCUUCUCAAUAAGGCCUGCCGCAAAAAACGACGCAUUGGCAAGGCACAUAGUAGAGCUUGUCUUGUGAGCGAGGCUGAGUGCUCUGAGGAAGAGUUCGGUCAGUUCCCGUACCGUCUGCAGGACUGGUUCUUACUCCUCAGCAGAAUGGGAGAGAGAUACACACCAGCCGCUCCCUCUCAAAUCUGCCUCACACACACGCAGCGAAUCCAACUCGCAGAGAGAAGGUUUGUUCUGUUGGAUCGUAACAGGGACGGGAAGUUAAGCAGGAGAGAUCUGAGAAAGCUUCACUAUAAGCGGAUGCCACUGGAGCACUGCGCUCAAAGAUUCUUCCAGUAACACACACACAGAAAAUGACACCAGUGCCUAUAAACACACACAGUCACCUCGCCACUGUGUUAUUUUGUGAUGAUUUCUCCUGUCUGACCUCCUUUGUAUUUGCAUAAUAUUACUGCAAACCCUCCCCAGCACCCUUCUGAUUAUUGUACACAUGCCUUCAGGAUUUCACCCACCCCUCUGCCUCAUCCUCUUUCAAUCUUUCUUCUCUCGCUCAUCCUCUCAAUCUCUCUCU